AUGCCCAAGAAACACCAGAAACGAGUACUAUUCAUCAAACCGCAAUCCAGCAGUCCUCCGACCCUUUCCCUCUCAAAGACCCAGGCCUCCAGACCUCAAAAUGGAGCCACGGAGCGCACCGUCAACGACCUCAUCCGAGAGUCUCGCCGCCAGCAGUUGAGAAAUGACACGAGAACUCCUCCGCCGUCCACCAACGCACCCUCUGUUCAUCCCUCUCUAAGGACAGUCCUCGACCUCCCCAUACCACCUACACCUCUCCCGCGAUAUGGAUUUGGUCCUCGUGCAGCUGGCAGCGGUUCAGGUCCAAGUCGACUCCGGCGCAUCCCUGGGCCUCCUCCACCACAAAGUUGGCUCACGGACAGCAUCCACGCCCCCGCCUCUGUCCGCUCGACGUCUCUUGCCGGUGACACGGACACAGGAAAUGGUCGCAUUCAAGUUCGGUCGAGUAAACUGCCUGAGGGAGCAUUUCCUUCUACCACCUCCCUCUAUCAUCUCGUGUUGAAGAAGAUGGCAUGCAAUUGGGAAUGGCAUGCAGAGAAUGACCUCGACUAUUUCGAGUGUCUGCCUACCUCACUCAAGGAGACGCUAUUGAGUUACAUUGCUGUAUAUGGCGAAGAAAUUACGACUAACCCCUUGAGGGUCCUAUUUCUACAUGAAACAGACAGCGAAGAGAUGGCAGACGUGAGGAGGCUAGAUUUAAGCAACGCCUUGGGAGCUUGGACGAGUUUUAAACAACUAGAAAAGGAUCUACUAGUGAGAGAUACUGGUCCUGUGUCGGUUGAGGCGAUGAUGGACACUCAAGGUGCAACACCGGAUACCACGCCCGACAGCUGGGACGCUGACACGGCCGGUAAUGCCGUUACAGACACUCCAACAGUAGGUUCACUUCCCAAACCCAUCCACAAUUUCAAGAAUUUGAGGCAUCUGUCCCUCGCCCUCUCUCCAUCAAACGCCAAAGCCGCGUCGUGGUCUUCUUUGCUGUCCCUCGCCACUGAACUGAGCACUUUGACCUCUCUGUCGCUCGCAUACUGGCCUCAACCUACAUUCACACCAAACGCCGCAUCAACACGAGCCGUAGUCAAAAUACCCGGUUCUAGAUCGGUUGUGUACGGCGGAUCGGAUAUGUACACAUCGUUCGACAAUAACUGGCGAGAAGCCGCAGGGAUACUCCGGACACUGAGCCGAUCACUGUACUGCUUGAGAUGGUUGGAUCUCACAGGUUGUGGGGAUUGGUUUGGCGCGUUGGAAUGGAGUCCCUCCCCGGCCACCACUACCGGCUCCUUGUAUUCUCCCUUUUACACCACUCGAACAAUGCAACCAUUUGCUCCUCAUAGGGAAAAAAUUGGUCCCGAAUGGAACAGCGGCUGGCGCGGGCUAGAGAAGCUGAUUCUAGAAGUUGGAUGGAGACCCGUUCGUCCUUCUGCAAUCGGACCCAGCUCCCCUGCAGGGGACGACGAUGUAGAGGCCGAGCGCAGGCUCUAUCGGUACAAGAAGGAGCGAGAACGCUUCGAUCAGAUCCGAAGCACUGCGGAGUCUGUGGCGCGAUAUUUGCGGACUGUCCGUAAGGAGGCUGGCGGGAAGUGGAUUGACGUCGAACUCAGCGACGAUAUGGCAACAUACCUGGCGCGUGAUGAGGGCCUUCUAGAGGAAUGA